CAGCAAUCGUCAGUUGGCGAGCUGUUCGCUAUCGGUGAAGUUCUUCACUGUAUGUGUGUGAGUGGUUGGCCAAUACACACAGUCUCUGUGUAUGCCGCUUGGAUCGAAAUGGAUGGAUGAAACAAACACAAAAGUAGCCAUGAACACACAAAUCUAUCGUCAUUUGCUUUCUUGCUUGCAAACGGUUCGUACACGUCUCGACAUUCUGCAUGUGUUUAUUUGUUGUAUGUGUUUUAUCGCUCCUCACUUUUUAGCAAAGAAAAAAAGAAAGUUUUUCUUUUUUCUCACUUCUCCUCAUUAUAUCAUAUAUACAUACAUAGACAAUACACACACACACGCAUACAAAGAUUUCAAAAUCUACAUUGAAUUUUUCAGCCCUGUUCGUAACAUUUACGCAAACUGAAAAUUAGUGAAAUGUGAAUAAUAAGGUUCCUUAUUUUUACCCCUUCACCAAAUUAGUAAAAUUUUGGAUCAUCUGAACAAACUUGUUCAUUUUUGCGUUAAUCAUAAAAUUGUGAAAUUCAAAACAAUUGUGAUGCCGAUUCACACAUGCACAUAAACACAACUUGUUUUUAUUUUGUAAAAAUACACGCUGAUUUAAUUUAUGAAACCAAUUUUUCCAAAAACAAAUCCAAUUCAAACUUGAAAAAUUUUUCCAUUUUUCAACAGUUGUUUUUAUUCGAAUAACAAACAUUUGAAUCUGUACUGUUCAUAAAAUAUGUGACUGUGCAUAAAGAGAUAAGGGAAAAAAUCAUUUACACAUUAUAAAGUUAUUUUUUUUCACUUUCAAUGUAUGAAUCAGUCUCAUUUUGAAUGCAUUGACAUUUUUCAUCAUCGAUUGUUACAACUAUUUUUUUCUCGCUUUCCUUUUUUUUUCUUUAUUCUACUACUCAAAAUUGUAUUAUUAAUUAUAUCAUAAUUAAUUAUAUGUUAAAUAGGUAUCAUCCUCAUCAUUGAAGCUCCUCUGACCAUUUAACUUUCAUUGCACAUUUCUCACCCUCAAAAUUCUUGGGGAUUUUUUCAAUGUGGUUGUUGUGCGAUUGUUUUGCUGUCCAAACAUCACAUCAAGUGUUGUCAAUUUGUGUUUUUAUUCGUAUUGAAACUUUGUGGGCAAAAUAUCCACCGACCGAUCCUUAUUCGGGACAAGGAAUCAUUUUAAUAUUCAAAUAACGGAACCUGAAUCAUCAAUAAUCAAAGAUUUCGUCUUCCUUAAUCCCGCUCAUUACCAUCAUCAUCAUCAUCAUCAUCACCAAACAAAAACACGUGGAUUAUUUAGCCAAAUAUUUUAUUGUUCGCUCUCGAUGCAGCAACAUUCGCAAAUAAUCGAACUUAAGGAUAGACUGGUACAAGCACUCGACGAACAAUCAAAUGUAAAAGACAUCAAUGAAGUCAAUCGAAUCAUAUCCAUACUUGAACGUACACAUGUUACCCGGGAAGAUUUGGAGAUAACAAGAUUAGGUAAAUACAUCAAUGGUCUACGUAAAAAGACUACCGAUAAAGAAUUGGCCAAAAGAGCCAAAAAAUUAAUAAAAACAUGGCGUGAUUUAACCGUUGGUGGCAGCAAUCAUUCAACAUCGAGUAAUAAUAUUUCAACACUGACCAGUCCAUUCAAUUCAAAUUCCAUAAGUCCACAUGGAUCAGUUAAAGCAUAUUAUGAUUCAAAGCUUACACCGCCGCCAAGUAGUAAUCAACAUCCGGCCCUGUUACGGGUAAAAACUCAACAUGGAUCACUAACAACAUUAAACGAGAAAUCAAAAAUUUACGGUCGUUCAUUAUCACCGACAGUGUCGCCAAGUAAUAGUAUCAAUCACAGUAGAUUAAAUGUUUCGGUCCGUCCACAAACUCAAACUCAACAAAUUGCUAGUCCAAAAAACGCUACGGAAUCGACCAAUGGUCACAAAAGUCCAUCGUUGAAGAGCCAUCAGCAGCAGAUUAAGAAAUCGAAUCUAACGCCACCACCAUUCACAAAUGGUAUUAGUAGUCCUGGUAUACAAAAUUUCAAAAAUCUAUUCACGAAAGAAACAACAGUUUCACUUAAAGCCGAAUAUCGUCGUCGAACUACACCACCUAUUCAGGCCUAUUCAGAUUCGGCAAUUUCCUCACAACAUUGUAGUCCAAACACCUUUUCUAAUGAUUCCCGAGAUUCAUUUGGCCAUAAUAACCACAAAAAUUCCUAUUCAAAUCAACAUGGAUCGUCGAAUUUUGAUUUCCAUGAUGAUGAUAGUAAUUCAUCACAAUUAUCGAAUCUAAGCAAUGAUUGUUCAGCUAAAUCAGAUGAAUGUUCAAGUUCGAAACGAACAUAUCGUAAACGAAAAUUGGAAGAGAAUGAAAAUGAUUCUUUAAGAGAAAAUUUCAAUUAUGUCAUGAGCUAUGGCGGUCGAAGACCACAAUCAACUCAAGAAUUGAUUGAAAAAUUAAAUGUAAAUCUAUCACCGAAAAUUCUAAAGAAACAUAAUGAUCUAAAAACAUCGUCAUUCUCGGCAUCAUCGUCACCCUGUAUACCACCAUUAUUGACCAAAGACUCUAGUUUAGAUUUGAAAAAAAUUAAUAUUACCAAUAGCAAUAGCAAUACUUAUUAUCGUAAUGGAUAUCAUAAAAAACGUAAUGGUUUCCAUUCCGAAGAGAACUCAUUGGACAGUUUUGAUAAAACCAUUCUGCAUAACAAAUUGAUCCAAGUUCGCCGUUCUCAUAAUGUAGUUGAUGAUGAUGAUGAUGAAGAUGUCCGUGAGAAUUCGAUCUCACCUGAUUCAUCGAAAUUCUGUGAUUUAUAUGCUGGUGAUGAAGAUGAGGAUGACGAAGAUUCAAAUGAUGAUUAUGAUGAUGAUGAAGUUGAUGCAAAUAUAACAACGAAAUCGAAAAAAUCAUCACAUGAUUCGAAUUUCUCAUCGUCUAAGAGUCGAGAAUUUGAUCGGCUUUUUAAUCAUGCACAAAAAAUCGAUCAAGAAAUUCGGGAUAUUUAUUCUAAAUUACCAAAAGUGAAUCCUGAGGAUUUAAAAUUCAUGCAACAAUUCUGUUUUGAUAAUGAUGAUGAUAUCAUCAAUGCAGAGAAUGAAACAACCGAACAACUGCAGCAAACGACUGAAGCAGAUGAUGAAGAAUUUAUCGAAGAAUAUGAAGUUGGUGAACAAGAUAGACAACAAACUGUCACAUCAUCAUCAUCAUCAUCUCCCAACAACAAUGAUAAAGAAACGAGCUUUCUAUAUCAAACAAACAAUUCAAAGUGUGAUAUUUCCAAUUGUGAUAACAACAUCGUUGAUGAAGAGAAAUCUUUUCACGAUGAUCAUUACGAUGGUGAUGGUGAUGAACGACAAUCAUCAUUGUUUGACCAACAAGAAAAUAGUAUUAAUUCUACAAAUAAUAAUGAUGAUGAUGGCGAAUCAAAGAAAAAACUGGUCAAAUUAAUAAUAAGAAAAAGGCGGCGUAAACCUCAACAACAACGGCAAUCAAGCUCAAAUGAUGAUGAACAAAAGCGAAUAGUAACAUUGAUUGAUCGUUUAGCUAAUGAGCAAUGGGAAGGAUUCAACGGUAAUUAUGAUAAAGACGGUGUUUGGCAUGAUUUUAGCGAAAUGACAUCAUCAUACGUAUUGACCGGCGGCGAUGAAAAUUAUCAAACGGAAGAGAAUAUUUUGCAUAUCUUGCCUUAUGUCAAUUGUACAUGGUGAUAUAUAUAUCAAAUUUAAAUCUGAAAUCAAUUAAUUUCAUCGAACAAUGAAAAUGGAUUUUCAUUUUCAUACACACCACUCAUCAUCAACCCUGAUACAUAAACACUAAAUUCUUGAAUAUGCAUCAUUAAUAAACAUCCCUAUUCAAUCAAUCAUUGUCCAUUUAAUGAUGAUGUUUUAAUUAGCCUUAAUUUAUAAUUAAAUUGUUGAAAUCAUCAUAAAAUGAAACACUACCUACAUUCACUCUCAUAUGGUUCAAUUGGUUGGUGUUUGGUGGAUCGUACGCCUAUUUGCCUGUUGUGUUAUGCUCUCUUUAGUGAUAUCGUUUUUCUCUUUCAUCAUCAUUAAUGAUGAUAUGAUUUUAUUAUGUAAAAAGAAAAUUCUUACCUUGUAAAUUCAUUAUCACACACCCACAUGACUGUACUCACCAUUGAAAUCUACAAAAAAAAAAAAAAACAUAGUCAACAUUCAUUAAAAUCACUGGCCAAAUCCGUUUUGGUUUUCUUUGUUAUAUAAAAUAAAUCUCAAAAAAAAAAAUUCA